AUGUUCGCGAUCGCCUCCACCUCCGCUCUCACCGUCCGCGCGAAGGCGCCCGUCCGCGCGCGCACCGCGGCGCCCGCGAAGGCGUCGCUCCUCGUGGACGCGAAGAAGGCGGCCAAGAAGGCGUCCGUGACGCUCGCGACGAUCGCGACGACGAUGCUCCCGGCCGCGGCCGCGCUCGCGGAGGAGGAGGCGGUCGCGGGCGACCUCAAGCUCUACGCCGGGUUCACGGUCGCGCUCGGCAUCGCCGCGUUCUCCACGCUCCCGGAGCCGGAGAGCUCCAAGCACGGCGCCGACCACUGA